AUGAUGGCCAUGAAUGGCAAGCAGCAUUUCAGCAUGCACCCAGCUCUCCAGGAGCCCAAGUACCCCCACCUCCAGUCCAGCUCGGAUGCCAUGAGGAGAGUGUGUCUCCCCAACCCUCCACUGCAAGGCAAUAUAUUCGGGGGCUUCGAUGAGAGUCUGUUAGCCCGGGCUGAAGUUCUGACUGGGGUGGACAUUGCUGUCCACACCAAGAGCCACUCGUUCAAGCCGGACAUUACUUAUCACACCAUGAGCAGUGUGUCUUGCAACUCUUCCCCAAACACCUCUUCCAUCUCUCACCCACCGGUCCUGGGCUCCCACCACCUGCACCAGAACUUGGAUGGAGACUUGUUGGACCACAUAUCUCCAACCCUGACCAUCACCGGGAUGGGCGGCGCUGAUCCAUCGUCCAUGAUCUCCACUCAAGUCCACCCGCACCACCAUCACCACCACCACCACCACCUGAACGCCUCCAUGGGGCAGCUCCACCAAGCCAUCUCCAUGGCUCACACUCACCCGCUCUCGGCUCACAACGCCGUGCAGUGCCUGAACGACGUGGAGGCUGACCCCAGAGAGUUGGAAGCGUUUGCGGAGAGGUUCAAGCAGAGGAGGAUCAAGCUGGGGGUGACUCAGGCCGACGUGGGCUCGGCUCUGGCCAACCUGAAGAUACCAGGCGUGGGCUCCCUCAGCCAGAGCACCAUCUGCAGGUUCGAAUCCUUGACCCUCUCGCACAACAACAUGAUCGCCCUCAAGCCCGUGUUGCAGACGUGGCUGGAGGAGGCGGAGAGCGCUUACAGGGAGAAGGUCAACAAGCCCGAGAUGUUCAACUCGAACGAGAGGAAGAGGAAGCGCACCUCCAUCGCCGCCCCGGAGAAGCGCUCCCUGGAAGCCUACUUCGCCAUCCAGCCCAGACCUUCCUCCGAGAAGAUCGCGGCCAUCGCCGAGAAACUGGACCUGAAAAAAAACGUGGUCCGGGUCUGGUUCUGCAACCAGAGACAGAAGCAAAAGAGGAUGAAAUAUUCGGCCACGCACUAA